CCCUCUCUGCUCCGUCAGAGCUCAAGGUUUAUCGGACACCGUACCACUCGAUUCCCCUCAAAUAUCCUGAAAACGGUUGACGCCCACUUGAAUUCUCCCCACACCUAUGUCUUUACAGCAGGUGGACGCAGGUGGCAAGCCGGCACAGCAGCAUCGCACCACUUGUUGAAGAUCCCUAAGAGUGGAUUUUUUCCGAUUCCGCUUUUCAAUUUUUUGACUUGACUUGAGGAGGAACCGAAAGAGGUUCAAACCUCGUUUCAUUGCUGUGUUCUUCUUCUUCUGGUGGAGAUCCUAAGCUAAAAAUCGCGACAAUGUGGGAGUUCCGAUCUAUGAGUUUUUGGCGGGCGGUUUUUGCAGAGUUCUUCGGGACUAUGUUUUUUGUAUUUUUCGGCAUGGGCGCCGCCCUACGUUGGAGCGCCGGGCCUCAUCAUGUUCUACAUGUGGCCUUGUGUUUCGGACUGGCGGCCGCCACUCUCAUUCAAUCCAUCGGGCACAUCAGCGGCGGCCAUAUUAACCCGGCCGUUACUUUCGCAUAUUUAGUCGGGGCACAGCUGUCUCUUUUCCGCGCUUUCUUCUACAUUAUCGCGCAGUGUCUUGGCGCUGUUGCCGGGGCUGCUGUGCUGUACGGCGUCACGCCUGGCAACAUGAGAGGCAACAUGGCAUUGAACACGCUGCAGCCUGGCAUCAGUCUGGGAAUGGCCACCACCGUGGAGGUCUUCCUGACCAUACAGCUCGUCGUGUGUAUCUUCGCUGUGACGGACGAGAGGAGAAAUGGACGCCUGGGUUCCGCCGCCCUCUCGAUCGGCUUCUCCAUCACCAUCGGGCACCUCAUGGGGAUGUACUACACAGGUGCUGGCAUGAACCCUGCCAGGUCUUUCGCACCCGCCGUGCUCUUCAGAAACUUCAUCAACCAUUGGGUUUACUGGGUCGGACCCAUGAUCGGUGCGGCCGUGGGCGCUCUCCUGUACGACUUCAUGCUCUUUCCACGUAUGAGGGGUCUCUCUGAACGCCUUGCCACCCUGAAGGGCACUCAGCCCCCGGAGAGGGAGAACCAGCAGGACACCCGCGGGGAGCCCAUCGAGCUCAAGACACAAGCCUUGUAAAACACACGUGAGGGACAAGACCCUGCACCGUUGCUCCCCCCCACCCCCAUGAAACCUUCACUCACAGAUAAAGACUAAGAACACAACAGUCAGGUCCACAACAAGACCCCCCUUUCCCCUUUCCCAGACCGUACUUGGUGAUAAAGGCUGCUUCUGUAAUGUAGAGGAACAUGCAAACUGGCUGAGAGGUUUUGGGAGUGGGUGGUGUUGGAAUUGGGUAGGGGUAGGAUGCAGGGUUAAAGGUCAUUGUAGGUUUGUUUUCUGGUUAGACCAGUGAAGAUGGUUGCCUUUAUUAUGCAUCACAUUUAUAAUCUCCAUUUUUUUUUUUUUAGUUUUAUUUUCAUUUCUGCACUUCAGAUGCAAGACGUGGAUGUAUGAUUCAAUUUGACCAGGAUUUUUCAAAUACAUUUUAUCUGUGUGGGUCUGUGUGUGUGUGUGAGAGUGAGAGCAUUGUUGGUUACAUGAGAGUAAAUGUGUGUGUGUGUGUCUUUGCAAGAGUGCAUGUGUGUGUGUGUGUGUGUGUGUGAGAUGACGAUUGCUGAUGCAGUAUUUUUUUUUUCAUUGCAGCUCUACUGUUUUGUACCAAUCACCUUUUUUGUCAUCAUUGUUUUUAAGACACGACCAUCCCCCCGCUCACUGUGAUAUUUGCUAUGAUAUGGAAUUUUUACAUAAACCAUCGCUUUUUUUUUCUUCUUCUUGUGAGCCAACGCAAGCAAACAACAAAACGCUGAAUUAAACUUGAGGUCGGUUCAUUCGAGACCAGCUGUUGGCGGCUUCAGAUUGAGGCUAUUGCUAUUAUUUCAUCCCCGUACUGGGAUUUAAAAAAAAAAACGGUUUCAAUAAAAUUUCAGUUGUCAUAAAUAUGCAAAUAUGAUACCCGGGUUUGAGUUAUUUUUUUCCCUUUAAGCAGGGCUAUCAGCUAGGUUUUUAUUGGCAAUAUACAAAUUACAAAUACAACAGAAAAAAAUGAUAUGAUUAAAACAUUGGCGUUUAUGAGCCUAAUAUAAAUAUGUUUUUUCAUAACUUACAUUGCACUAGUUUUAGCCUUUUUAUAGUAUUAAAAGUACCAACAUGGA